GCAGCAUCGCCAAAGGCAUUCGCGCAUUUUCGUCAUUGAGCCUGCAACCUUCCACGAAGAGGUGCUAGGUCAGCCUUUGCUCGUAGUCUGCUGCCAGAGCGUCACAGAUGCAAUGCUUUCGCCCUUCACUGAAGCGCGCAACUCGGGUGGGCGGAUCGUGGAGGCCCCAUGGAGGCCCCACAAGAGUUGGAGCGGCCCGAGCGCCGAGGUAGAGCGAGCGCCGAGAGACCCAGGAACGUCGUCAGGGCAUGGUCGCUUGCGGGGAGACUUUUUUGCUCCUCUGACGCAGGGUACGGGCUGGCUCCUGACCAAGUGGCCGGUGGGCGCUUCGCGCGAUGAAGCAAGGUCUCACCAAGACAUUGAGACGAAAGGUAUAUAGAAGUCCAGUGGGGACGUUGUCCCCUCAUCUCCUGAUCCAUUCCACCAAUCUCCUCCUGUUUCUCGGUACUCAAGAUGAGGUCGCACUCCCUGUUGGGCUCAGCGGCUUGCCUGCUUGGAGCAGCUACUACGGCGCUCGCGGCUCCCGCCACUCAAGCACUCAGCCUGCGACAGAAUGAUAAUGACAACGAUGGCAUCCGACCUAGCUUCAAUGUCAAGUCGUGCCCUGGAUACAAGGUCGCCGGUGAUGUCCAGAACGCCACGUCCGGCUUCACGGUCCCGCUCGCACUCGCCGGAGACGCUUGCAAUGCCUUCGGCGUCGACAUCAAGAACCUCACACUCGCGGUCGUCUACGAGAAGCCAGAGCAGCUCCACGUCCACAUCUACGACACGGCCAAGCAGCAAUUCCAGCUCCCAAGCGGCCUUCUCUACGACUACCCCACCGACGACCCUGCUCAGGAUGGCCUGUCAAACGCCGAGGCGAGCCACUUUGAGUUCCAUCACACCGGCGCCAAUGAUAGCGAGCCUUGGGCCUUUUGGGUGACUCGCAAGUCAAACAAUGACAUCAUCUUCGACACGCGUGCGGCCAGGAUUCCCACGUACGACCAGCCGCUCAAUGGCACCGAGGACAAGCAUAACUCGACGGCUAUGCCUGCCCACCCGCUCGUCUUCGAGAACCAAUACCUCCAGCUGUCCAGUGCACUGCCUGCUGACGCCAAUAUCUACGGUUUGGGCGAGUACAUCUCUGGAGGAUUCCGCCGCAACCCCAACAACACCGUUCAGCCCUUCUUUACCCUGGAUGCUGGAGACCCGACCGAUUCUAACAUGUACGGAUACCAUCCGGUCUACCUCGAGGUGCGACCGCAAGAGGACAAGAAGGUGGAGUCACACAUGGUCUACUUCCAGAGUACCUCAGGCCUCGACGUGAUCCUCCGACCCAAAGUCAUCCAGUACCGCGCCAUCGGUGGUACCCUCGACUUCCGCUUCUUCUCCGGCAGUGAGAGCAGUGGCAGCGACGCCGGCAACUCCACCGAGGCCUCAGGUGACGAGGACGCCGAGAUGCAGGCGGACCGACGUAUGGUCUUGGACGCGCGCCAGGACAACUCCACCGAGGAGUCCUCGAGCUCCUUGACCAGCUCACCCAUGGUCGCCAGCUCCCAGUACGUCUCCUUCAUUGGUAAGCCUCUCCUGGCUCCUCUCUGGUCCUACGGAUUCCACCUCUGCCGUUGGGGGUACCGCACCGCCAACCAGACUCUCGGCGUGGCCAAGAAGAUGAGGGAGCACAACAUCCCCCUCGAGACGAUUUGGAACGACAUCGACGUUCUGGACUCCUUCCGUGACCUCACCAUCGCACCUGACCGCUUCUCGCAGAAGGACGUUGACAGGCUCCUGAACUACCUGGACGAGAACAACCAGCACUACAUCCCGAUCACCGACGCCGCUAUCCCUGCCGCGCCCACCAACGAGUCCGACUCGUACCCUCUUGGCACCGCUGGUAUCGACCAGGACGUCUUCAUCAAGAACGCCAAUGGCUCGACGUACAUCGGUCAGGUCUGGCCCGGCUAUACCUACUUCCCUUCGUGGUUCUCGAACAACACCCAGGACUGGUGGAGCGAGGGCAUUGCCAACUUCUCUAAGCUGGUCAACUUCAGCGGUAUCUGGCUGGACAUGAACGAGCCCUCGAGCUUCUGCGUGGGCUCGUGCGGUACCGGCCAGAACCUGUCUACCUGGUUCGGCCACGAGCCCGUGACGCCCGUCGUUGGCUGGCCCGAAGGAUACGACAACUACACAUACGGCGACUCGGGAAACAUCACCGUCAAGGGCAAGAGCACCUACAGCUCGGAUCUGCUGAUGCAGCGACGAGCCGACGGCGAUGGCCAGGACAGUGGCAAGUCGGCAAAGGUCAACACCAGCGACUACCAUUAUUCAGUCCCCAAGUGGAAUUACCAGAACGACACGCAGCGCUACCUGAGUGUGCCUCCCUACGCGAUCCACAAUGGCAAGGAUGGCAUCUACAAUUAUGACAACAAUGUCGACCUUCUCAACAGCAAGACAGUCGCUAUGGAGGCUAUUGACGGCGAUCAUGCCUUCUACGACGUCCACAAUCUGCACGGCGUCCUCUUCGAGAAGGCAACUUACAACGCUCUGAAGACUCUGCGCCCCAACGAGCGCCCGUUCCUCAUCUCCAGAUCGACGUACCCCGGCGCAGGGAAGUUCAGCCACCACUGGUUGGGUGACAACUUCAGCUUGUGGGCCUCGAUGAGUUCUGCUAUGCAAGGACUGCUUCAGUUCCAGCUGUUCGGCAUCCCAUUGAUCGGCCCUGACACCUGCGGCUUCGCACGUAAUAGCGGUGAGGAGCUGUGCAAUAGGUGGCAGAUGAUGUCUGCGAUGCUCGCGCCCUUCUACCGCAACCACAACAUCGAGGAGAGCAUUGCCCAGGAGCCUUACGAGUGGGACUCCGUAGCCAACGCCACGCGCAUUGCCAACUACAAGCGCCUGCAGAUCCUACCUUACAUGUACUCCACGAUGGCUCGCGCCUCGCAGCAGGGUGUACCGGCCAUUCGCGCCCUCUGGCAAGAGUUCACCGAGACCUUUGUCGACACGGGCGACACCUUCGUGCAGGCGCUCUUUGGUCCCUCGCUCCUUGUCACUCCCGUUCUGGAGCCCAACGUUCGGAGCGUCAAGGGCUACUUCCCGGCUGCUGGUGGCAAGUGGCGCAGUAUCUUCACCUACGAGGCUCUGGACGUUCCCGAGAACAAGAACGUCUCGAUCCCCGCGCCUAUCUCGACGAUCAAUGCCCACAUGCGCCCUGGUGCCGUCAUGCUGACGUACGCUGAGCCCAAGUACACCACCACGGAGACCGCUGCUGGUCCCUACGGACUCUUGGUCAACCUCAACGACGAGGGCAAGGCAAACGGCGACGCCUACGUUGACGACGGUGUUACUCCUGCUCCCCUUCCCUCGCGCGAGCUCCUCUUCACUGCCAACAACGGCUCGCUGAGCGGCUCAACUCCUUCCGGCAACUACACGAUCCCGCAGAAGCUCUCGAGCGUCCUCGUCCUCGGCGUCGAGAAGAAGCCGCAAAACGUGUCAUUUGGCGACGCGCAGGCGGAGUUCAAGUUCGACGACAGCAAGCAGAUGCUCAAUGUCACGGGCUUGCAGGGCGACCUCAAUGGCGACUGGAAGUUGACGUGGAUGUAGAGAGACGCUCGAUAGGCUUGAUCCGGACUCAGAUCCGGAAG